CUCGUCCCCUCCCCUCCCCUCCUGACCAGGUAUAAGGCCACCUCUGGGUGUCAGCCUGUCCAGUAUAUGAGGCUCCCGGCACCGAGCGAGCCCUGCAUGGCCCAACAUGCUCCGAGGUACCUCACCUUCUUCACUAGAUGCUUUCCCUCACUGGUGCCCUUUUCCUUCUUGAAGUUCCAGCGGAAGACCGAGCUCCUGGCCUACCUCGUCCUGUGCGUUUCUAAAAUGCCCUUCAUACCACCUGUGUCGCUGCCUCGCUCCGUGUCGGGAUUGACCGGGAAGGAUAAAGCUGUGGACGGAACUGACAAGACAAAGAUGGCGAAAGAAGACAAAGGCAGCUCAGUGAAAGAACGCCUGGCUUUGAACCUCAAGCAGCUGAGCAAGAAGAGCCCACCCAGGAGUCACCUGCCCACCACAAGAGUACUUCCAGGGCCGGAGCUGCACCCAAAAAAGAAGGGAUUCCCAGAGAUCAGCCCCGCCUCCAGCACGGGGGCGUCCCUGAUGAAGGCCCAGCAGCGGAAACACACCAACUCAACAAAGAGUGAACCUGAGCUGAGAACCAGAACUAAAAGUCACCCAGAAGAGACCCGCUUCACGCUAACACUCACGCCCGAGGCCGUGCUGCUGCUUCAGCGGAGAAACAGCGAGAGACGUUCGGCCACCAGGAACGUCGCCAACAACACAACCGUUUCCAUCAACGUCCCAGACUCCAGACGCAGGAGGGACCCGCUCUCCAGGAGGCACCCGGCCUCCACUCUGCGCCACAGCGCCCCCGCAGGCCGAGUGGCUGCCCGGACUGACGUGAGUGCCAUGGUGAAGGUGUCGCUGCUCAACGAACGGCACAAGUACGACGAUGUGGAGUACGAAGACGAGCAAGAUGGCGUGGACGAGCGCGUGGUGCUUAAGUGCACGGAGUGGCUGCGGGGACUAGAAAACACGCCUGUGUCGUUUGCGCUCAAAAAGAGCGCUAGCAGCACGAAAAGCUUCUAAAGGUGAAAUGGAGAUAUUGUUGACUACUUUUACACAACAAAAAUAUUUUUUUCUUUGCAUUUUUUCACAUUUUACAUAAAAACAGUGUAGUACGCUUGCCAGGCCAGUAGAUGGCAGUGUGACAUCUUAAAACAACACACAAUGUGCACAGACUGCUUGUCCUCACAGAUCUUUUGAUAUUCCCUUAAACAAAAGAUGAUGUGCUUUCAGGAUAUGAAAUAUAAAGUCAAAGUCAAGCAGACUGGAACCUCGGUUAGCAUCAAAAAUGUAUGCCUCGGUUAACGUAUACUAUGAUGCACGUCUUAUCGUGUUGGUAAUACAAGAGUCCAACUCUGUUUGUAUGUUUGGUUUUUAAAAUUGCUGGUUAGCAUCUUAUUAGCUAGCCUAUUAGUUAGCCAAAUAAAAUGGUUUGAUGUCAUCAGCAGAUGACUCCAAAAUAUUAACCCAAAGCACCUUUUUUAUAGUUUUACACUAAAACCAUUGUAAAUGGCAUUGAUAUAUUGAUUUAUUUUUCCAACAACAUCAUCAUGUUCACCUCAUUGUAGAUAUCGCUACCUCACAAGAUGGCGGUUUUAUAAAUAAUGACUGUGGUAGACUAUGGUUGGUCUAUUAUUUAUCAAAACAUAGUGUGGGAUACCAUUGAUUCAGCUUCCGAGUACAAUUCAGGCUGGUAUCGAUGAUACCGAUACUUAAAUUCACCUAAUUAAAACAUGAAAAUAAUUGACUAAUUAUUCACAAUUUACACAUGGCUUUGUUGGUCAAUGUUUCUACGGACAAUUUCAGAGCAUGAGGAGCUGGUAUCAGAAGUAUCAAUAUUUCAGUAUCGAUCCCCAGAUCACUACUUAACACUUCACAGCGUGUUCCACAUGAUAGUGAAAAAAACUCCUCCUCCUAUCCCAUGUGGAAGUGGUAAUUUUUUGGGUUCUUACGUUUAGAAGAAAUAAAUUUGAGGCUAGCUUGCUGGCUCCCUAAUUCACUAGCUUGCGGAUGUUUGCGGAGUCCCUGCAGCAUAAGAUGUUUGUUUACGUGUUGUAAACAAAGAAGAAUCAGAGAGUACAGAUGAAUAUAGGGGUGUUAUUUCACAUUUCCAGGGCUCUAAUAAUGUUAAAACUGUAUUUAGAAAGACAUAACCAGUUUUUCCGCUGUAAAUGAGGGCCAACUGUAUACUGUAUCGUAUAUAUUGUGUUUUCUUUUAUUUUAUUUGGGCAGCUUUAUUAAAGUAGCAGUACUGCAUGUCAGUGGAACACCAUAUCACACCAUAUCACCAGCACAGCAAAAAGCCGCUCAGACUGCAAUGUUAUUUGUAUUCAAUAUUAUUUUUGCAUCUGCAUGGUAUCAUCCAUCCAUCCAUCCGCGAGGGUAUGCUGGAGCCUACUGCACGGUAUCAAUAGGUGUUGAACAAUCUAUCAAGUACUACACUUGAGGAGUAGCAGCACACUUUGCCCACAUUCCCUCAUCUUAAGAAGCUUUGUUAGGUCUUACACGGCUUUCAUGUUGCUGCACACUUCCCACAUGCACGGAGCAGGUGUGCUUAGUGGCAGAUUAUCCGCCUUGCAGCAGAACGUUUCAACACAUGUGUUCAGGUGGAAAACAGCUUACAUUUACAUUCAUACCUAUGGAUAAUUUAGUCUCCAAUUAAUCUAACAUGCAAGUAUUAGAAGGUGGUGAACAGGUUUUGUAUGCUUAAUAUGUCUUAUUUUGUUGUAUGUUUCUACUACAUUAAGUAAUAGGAGGACGACAGGGACUCUAAGUAGAAGGUGGUAAACAGGUUUUGUAUACUUAAUAUGUUGUAUUUUCUCUUAUGUUAUCUACAAUAUUGGGUAAUCUAAGAGUAAAGUUGACUAUAGGGAUGUUAUUUCAUGUCUAGAGGGCUCUAAUGGUGUUAGAAACCACAUUUAGAAGGUGGUAAACAGGUUUUGUAUACCUAAUAUGUUGUAUUUUCUCUUAUGUCAUCUACAAAAUUGGGUAAUCUGAGCAUAAAGUUGACUAUAGGGAUGUUAUUUCAUGUCUAGAGGGCUCUAAUAGUGUUAGAAACCACAUUUAGAAGGUGGUAAACAUGUUUUCUAUGCUCUAACUACAAAAAUAUUCCAAGUAUAAAUGAAGAAAUCCUACUUGACGGAUAUUGACUUAUCACGGUCCGGAGACAAUUUUCCGCUAUAAAGGAGGGAUUACGCUCCAGUGUGGCCUUGGUGGAGGUCUGUGGGGUUCUCGCACGCUGUUGAGUGCCGUCAAAUAAAUGCUAAAAAAUAGUGUAAACAGGUGACGGGAUGAGCGUGCUUCACUUCCAUCGGUUGAUCCUCCGCAGCUGAACGUAGGCCAGGGACAUGCAGACCAGGAUGAUCCCCAGCAGGGCCACCUGGUUCUGCCAGAAACCCCAGGUGGAGUAGUCGAUGUCCUGGCUGCGGAGGAAGAGCUCGCCCGGGAUGCUGCAGGAGCCAAAGAGAGAAUUUGUGUGAGUUUAAGUUGGGUGUUGUUGAUGAGUCAUGGCUGCGGUUCUCACAUGCUGGUGUUGGAGUAGAAGACCUGUCCCGUCAUCUCGUUGAUGAACGCAGCCUGACGCCGAGAGGAAAAAGAGAUGUAGGUUAAACAAGUUGCGUUCGGCUCCACCUUGUUCUGGUGUCUUACAUACGUUCAGUCCAUAUCUGAAGAUGCUGAUCCACUUGAGCCAGGAGAGCCAGCUCAACAUGGCGUUGAGGUUGACCAGGUAGCCGCCGAACACCUGAAACACACACACGCAGUAUAAACGACAGGACGCCAUUCCCGCGUUUUUGUGACUCACCAUCAUAAAAACGAAGGGCAGAGCAAUGAGGAUGUUGGCCAUGGCGAAGGAAGACACGCUAGCGGACACCAGGAAGGCCAAGCUGACCCCCGCCAGGCUGACCAGAGACAUGGUCAGAGCGAAGCACAGGAAGGCAGCCAAGGCUGGCUUCAGUCCUGCACAGUGAACAACACACUUUCUCGUGGACUUGCUCAUACAUUCCAGCUCAAAGCUUUUUAAACCUGCAGCAGCUUUGAGAAGACCAGGGUGAGAAACAAGCUCAAGGGAGACCCGAGGGGUCAUUUCUAGACAUAUUAGCCUUCCUACCGUCAUCCCUUAAUUCAUCAAACCCAGCCAUUUGUCCCCCCAGACAACCUCUUCAGUAGCCACAAUUUUAGACUGAUCUUUCAAGGCAAACAUAAUAUUGUGUUCUAUGGCUAUAUGAACAUGGAACCUACCAAAACAAAGAUUAGACUCCUGUCUUUCAUCAGGAAAAAAAACAUUUGUUUCUACCUUUUUCUGUUCUUUCGCAAUCAGCAGUGGAACAUAGGUAAGUUUCAGGAAAAUAUCCGUUCCCAACUAGCUUCACUUUUUACACUUUUUGUGAUAUCUAAAUACCUAAAUACCAACGUAAACAACACAAAAGAGGUCUGUUUACAUCAAAAUAACCAUUUGUUUAGAAAUAUAACACCAUGAACUAUUUACAAUUUUCACAUUUGUAACUGAACGUAAGUGCACACGCGUGCGCAUGUGUUCAAAUUUCCCUAAACUGUAUAACCUUCUGCGCGCUACACUACUCCGCCACGCUUUCUAAAGUCCUCCUUCCUUCCACGUAUGAUUCUUCCCUGAAUGUGAUCUCUGCUGAGCUCUUCUGCCAACUAGUGGCCAUUUUUAUAGCGUAUGUGAAAUCCAUUAGUAGAGAGUUGCAUCAUUGCCACAUAAAAUGUUGGUAUCAGGCGUUCGGGAUUCUAAAACAUACUAGAAAUACAUCAUUGGUAUGAGUUAUGUAGCGAUACCAAUAUAAGGUAUUUAGAAAGUUUAGUUCUAUAAAAUAGAAUUUGUGCAGAUAUAUUAUGUCAACUCUGAAUCGCAUUAUAUUUUGUGUGGAGUACCUCAGGGCUCUGUCCUUGGGCCAAAAUAGUUUCUUCUGCAUGUUCAAGAUUUUGUUAGUGUAUCCUAACUACUCACAUGUAUCCUGUUUGCGGAUGAUACCACUUGAUUUUGAUCUCACAUAUUGUUGAAUGUGGUUCAACAAAAUCAAAAUGUGCUUUGAUGUAA